CGGAUGAUCGAUCCACGUCAUACGUCGAAUUGAAGCCCUUAUUACUCUGACCACUUCGGCCAUUUUCUGGACUCCUCGACUAUCCGCCGAUCCAGUUCCGUGACCUCACAUCUAUUGUCCCAAAAAUGUCUGGCGAAAGUGAGCGGACUUCACCCAACAAUGGCCAAGAUCUCGAAAAAGAAACCCAAAAUGACAAAGGCGAACCUGUCGACACACAACCGUCCUUCUCUACGACCCAUGAAGUUGCCUUUAUCUUCAUAAUCUGCCUCUCGCAAUUUCUCGCCCUUUCCGGACUCGCUCAAUCCAUAGCACCACUACACAUAAUCGGCCGUAGCUUCGGCACUGACACCAAUCCCGGAAAGCUAUCAUGGUAUCCUGCAGCUUUCAGUCUGACAGUCGGUACCUUCAUCUUGCCGGCUGGUAGAUUGGGAGACAUGUAUGGACAUAAGAAACUCUAUCUUAUGGGUUUGGGUUGGUAUGCGGUUUGGUCCAUGGUAGCGGGAUUGUCUGUCUACUCUGGAGACAUACUGUUCAGUGUUUCUAGAGGCUUUCAGGGUAUCGGACCUGCGAUUAUGGUGCCGAACGCUCUCGCUAUUGUUGGAAGAACUUACCCGCCUUGCGAUAAAAAGAAUCUUAUCUUUGCACUAUUUGGUGCUGCCGCGCCGACGGGCUGGGUGGUUGGAGCUGUCUUCUCUUCCAUUCUUGCUCAAUUGGCUUGGUGGCCUUGGGCAUUCUGGGCUUUGGCUAUCGCAUGUGUUGUCACUGCCGUGGCUGCUCAACUCAUCAUUCCCGCCGACGAACUUGGAUCUGACGCUCAAGAUGUCCAAUUCGAUUACUUGGGCUGCAUUACUGGAGUCACUGGGUUGGUUCUGUUCAACUUCUCUUGGAACCAGGCUGCCAACGUUGGCUGGCCAAUGGUUUACAACUAUGUCCUACUCAUUGUUGGUAUCUUGUUCCUGGUCGCCUUUGUCUGGAUUGAGUUGAAGGUUGCUGGCCAACCUCUUGUGCCCAUCAAGGCUCUUAGUGGUGAAUCCAUCCUUGCUCUAGCAGUCAUUGCAGCCGGAUGGGGCUCUUUCGGUAUCUGGGUCUAUUAUUUGUGGAACUUCCUCGAGGUUUUGAGAGGCUACUCCGCCCUAGCAGCCUGUGCCCAAAAUGCCCCCGUCGCCAUAUCCGGCCUCCUGGCUUCCGUCGCAACCGGCUUUCUCCUUUCCAAGACGAAAGUCAGCAACGUCCUCCUCCUCGCCACUCUCUUCUUCCUCAUCGGCCAAAUCCUCAUCGCCACCGCUCCCCCUACCCAAAUCUACUGGGCCCAAACCUUCGUCUCCAUCAUCAUCAUGCCCUGGGGAAUGGACAUGAGUUUCCCCUCUGGCACGAUUAUUCUGUCCAAUUCCACGGCAAAGGAACAUCAAGGUGUUGCGGCGAGUUUGGUCAAUACAGUAGUGAAUUACAGUAUUUCUAUUGCGUUGGGGAUUGCGGGAACGGUGGACAGAAAUGUUAAUAAAGGUGGGCAAGAUGUGCUUGGGGGGUAUCGUGGUGCUUGGUAUUUUGGCAUCGGGCUUGAUGUUGCUGCUGUGGUUAUUGCUUUGUAUUUUGUUUGGAGGAUGAGAGGGUAAAAGAGAAGGCCAAGAAAGAGCAGGGCGUUUUUUUGAGAUCGCACUGUCUUUUGAGUCUUAUCUGUAUGGAAUGAUGAAUGGAAUGAUUAUUUGUUUCUCGC